AGGCAGUGGCAAAGGGAACCCGUAGGGCAGUUACACUUUGCGUGUGUCCAGAUCUCACUUGUCCUUCAAGUCCAGCUGGAAGGAGCCUUCCAUGAUCCCUUUGUCCAUCCCAAUCUCUGCCUCUCCUGCUGUUGAUUGUUUAGCACCAGUGCGUGGCUACCUAUCUAUCUCUUAGAUUAAUCUUGCCUCUCCAGUUCAUCUCAGAAUUUAGAUUUCUGUUGCCCUCCUGUGGUCACUGGAACUUGCACCAGCCAACAGAUGUGCCCCACAGAGUGGCUACUAGGCAUUUGUAGGGAGGGCUGGAUGGGAGGGCCCAAGCAGGAUUCCUCUCUAUCUCUGCCCUGCUCUCCUCCACAAAACCCUGAAGGCCCAAAGCCUGCCCCUUAGGUCACAGAUUCCUUAUGUGACUUCACUGGGUAGUGAUGACCUCACAAGCUUUCACAGUUUCCAUGGCAGCGUGACUACACACCUGUGUCCUAGGGAAACCUCCCUACCAUUUCUCUGUGAGAUACCAAUCUGGUUGGUUGGCUGAGAGACAAUGUCUGACCGGAUCCUCUAUAUUCUCUCUAACAUGUCCUCUGUCCCCUGGGAGGGCAGCGCAGCAGCUGCAGUGCCUGCCACUUCUCCUCCCACACCUGGGCACUACCAUGUUCUCUACCGAGGGUGUGGGGAAACUCAGGUAGGCUGGCAUGGGGAGACGUACUGCCUGGUUGGUGGCUACCGGGCCUAUGGGGAUACCCCUUUGGCCACCUCAACAAAGGCUGAAGCAGAGAAGCCAGCCCCCAGCCGUGCUCCCAAGAGACGUCAAGCUACAACAGAGUCAGAUAAAGACCUCGGUUGCUCUAGCCCCAAAAUUCGGCGCUUGGAGUAUAGUGGCAGGAGACUGACCCCACAGAAGCUUGCUGGAUGAGCCAUUUGGGAGAAAGGACAAAUGUUUAGCUGUCUGAGACAGCUAAUGCCUCUUCUGCAGUGACCUCCCCUGCCCACCACUGCAGAUAGCGCCUGAGUCAUUCUACCUAAGCCUUCCUCAUCCAGAAGCCCCCUUCCAUGCUAACUACCCAUGGGCAAGGAGCCUCAGAAACUGUGGUUUAAAAUGAGAGGUUGCUUUGAAUAUCCCAACGCUGAAGCUGGCCUGGAAGAAAACCUGAUGUUCCUCUAUUCAUCUCUCCAGAGUCCCUUUUUGGGCAGAAGAAAGAAAAAUCUGUACUCUUGCUAGCCAAGGAGUCAACUGCAGAAAGAGGGUGCAGCAUAGCCUAGCAGGGGCCUGGUCUACCAGAUGGGCUUUUGCUUUGAGUUACUGCCAGCAACUACCAGCACAAACCAGGAGGGCCAGGACUUGCUGAAACUGGAAGCAGCAGCCCAUGGCUAGUCACAGCAGGAGAAAGGCUCCUGCUGGGCAUCUCAGGAGGUAGAAGAAAGAGACCUAGGGAGACCUGCCACCUACAUCAAGAGCAAUAUGGAGGAAGUUGAGUAACAUCCCCCCUGAAGCUCACGUGUUCCUUUACUUCCUCCCCAUUAUGGCCCCAGUGAGGUCCCUACUGCUCAAUUUUUUAAAAAAUGAUCUAAAAAAUUAUUUUUCCAUAACA